AGAGAGCAUCAUUAUGUUUGUAAAGGGUUUGGCAGGAGCGCUGUUCACAUCACUUUCUCUCUUUCAGUCGGACUGUAGCACGCGUUUAGUACUGCUAAAACACAACACUUUGAUCAUCACCAGACUCAGAAACUGCAGUUUUUUGCGACAAAUACUUAUGUCGUUUUACGCUUAAAACACUAAAACGAAGGAUUUGUAGCUUUUAUACAGACGUUAUGUGUCGUUUUCACCACAUAUAAAGUAUUACCUGGCUGGCUGCAAACUCUACCCGGACAUCGUUAUGAGCGCGAUGUGCACGAGUUACCAGAGCGCAGACAAGGGUUUCGUGAAGGGAUUUUCCUGUCCCAAUCCGGACACUGACAGUCGGGCUGCUUUCUGCUGUGGAUUUAGUGAUGUGAAGUACUGCUGUGACGAUCCCAACAGCUUUUUCCCUUAUGAAUAUGGAUACAUGUGGUGGCUCAGUGUUGGAGCUCUGGUUGGUUUGUCGAUAGCUGCUGUGGUCUUAAUGGUCUUCCUCAUCACUGUGUGUGUCCUCUGCUAUCUCUUCAUCGCUACAAAGCCUAGUCAAAGAGACAACGGCCUCACUCUUAGUAUGCCAGGAUUAGAAGCAACAUCUGAGCCUAGUCGAUCUUCUGGACCUCGAGGUUUCUGCAAGCGUUUUUUUAACCACAGACUAGACUGCGAAAACCGGCCUGCUGAUCCUGAGCGGCUAUUUCAGCGUUGCUUCACUGCAGCUGUCACAAAAGUCAACGUGGAAGAGCCCACAUAGAGAUCAAUUUCAUUUUAUAUAGAGUAAAUAACCUAAAACAUUUAACAAACUCUAAAUAUAAAGGUUCUAUUCAUUUUUGUUUUUGCUUUCUAUGCCUUUUUUUGUCUAUUAUGUUAUACAAUUUAUCUGGUAUAACAAUUAAUUUACACUGUAAAAAUGAUAUAAAAUUAACAUAUAUUUUUGUUACUUUAAUGUUUUAAUAUGUUGAAAUUGUUAUUUUCACAUAAUUUUUUACAGUGUACCUCAGCUUUUGUUAAUGUGCACUCAUUGUGUGUCAUAUAAGUGGGUGAUUCUCACGAAACCAUUGAAACACCACGGCACUAAUGAUUUUAGCUUUAAAAUGUGUAAUAUAGUAACAUUAAAAAGCAUCAGAAUUAACACAAUACUGUGUUCUACCUUGCACAAUGUGUGAUUUCAACAUAAGAAUUUAUAAUUGUAAAUGUUAUCUCAUUUUCUGCUGAAAUUCUCAUUACCGCAAUGUGUCCGGCUGUGUUUGAACAUGCGUUAUGUUGUAAUUUAAUCAAAUUAACACAAAAAUA